CUCGUCCAGAUUCCUGUUCACCAGCCAUGGGGCGGAAGCUGGACCUGUCGGCGCUGACGGAUGACGAAACGGAGCAUGUUCUCCAGGUGGUGCAGAGAGACUUCAACCUGCGGAAGAAGGAGGAGGAGCGGCUGAGCGAGAUGAAGCGGAGGCUGGCGGAGGAAGGCAGCAGGUGCAGCAUCCUGGCGAAGCACCCGCAGUUCGUGGCGCAGUGCUGCAUGCGCUGCUGCACGCCCUUCACCUUCCUGCUCAACCCGCGGCGGCGCUGCGGGGACUGCAAGUUCAACGUGUGCCGCGCCUGCAGCUGCUACCACAAGCGCGACAGGGCGUGGCUGUGUGGCGUGUGCCAGCAGGCCCGGCUUCUGCGGGCGCAGUCUCUCGAGUGGUUCUACAACAACGUCAAGAGUCGGUUCAAGCGCUUCGGCAGCGCCAAGGUGCUGAAAAACCUCUAUCGGAAGCACCGGCUGGAGACCGGCCCCUGUGCUGACCUUCUAGGAGGAAGCUUUAUUGAGUCCAGUCUGGAGAAUGAAGGGAGUCUUUCUGGCAGUGACUCAACUUUCUACCCGCAGUCGGAAGGACCCGGCCUGAUGGACACCCUGGCUGUGGCCUUGCGCGUGGCCGGCGAGGCCGUGGAGGAGGCCAUCUGCAGGGCGGACGCGCACGGGGACAGCCUGGAGCAGCAGGACGAGGCGCGCUACCUGCGGGAGCACCGCGCCGAGCUGACGGAGGAGCUGGCCGGCGCCAUCGUGCACAAGAGCCCCGCCGGGAACUGGGCGGCCGUGGCGGGGGGCUCGCUGCGCCCCCGGGCCGGCGCCCUGCGGGCCCUGGCGGCCGCCUGCGGCGCGCCCUCCGCCUACGACGGCCUGGCCUCCGACAGCGACGACGACCUGGGCUGGGGCCGCCCCCCGCACCCCGGGGCCACGGGCUCCGACUCCGAGACCUCCUCGGCCGGCUCGUCCCGGGAGGCGGGGCGCCGGGCCAGGCCGUCGUGGCUGCAGAGGAGGGCACCCCAAAAGCCUGCCAGCGACACAGCGCGCCCCUGGGGAGGGCUGGAUGAGAACUCGAACCCGCAGCCCCCGCGCGGGGAGACCUCGGACAGCAGCGAGCAGGAGGACGCGCGGCCCCCCGCCGACCGCAGGGCCAAGCGCUGGAGAAGGGCCUGGGGCCCCAGCGCGCAGGAGCCCGACGGAGCCGCAGCCCGGGACCCGCACGCACGCGCGGCAUCUGGUGACUUCGCAGAGACCGAUUGUCCACAUGUCCUGGCCAAGGAGUGGAGGAGCAGCGGACGCCCUGAGCUGGGCGGGAAAAUGAGCGAGGAGGAGGAGACGUCGUCGGGAGAGGAGCCGGGGUCUGGGCCCCAGACCGAGCCCCAGGGGGAAUCGGGGAGCCCGGGGGAAGGCGCAGCGGGCGACAGCAAUGGAGGUACCCGGCAUGCACCCCAUGAGCUGAAGAAGAAUGGCAGAGCCGAGAGCGGGGUGAGCUCCGAGCUGCAGCUCCUGUCGGCGGUGCUGGAGCAGAAGUGUUCCGCUGUUUCUCUCUGCAACAUCUCCACAGAAGUGCUCAAGCUCAUCAACGCCGCCGAGGCGCUCCUGGACGAGCCCACGGGCCCCACGCCACGCCCCCCCGACACGGCGCAGGGAGCCCUGCCCCGCGGGGCCGACUGUGACAGCCUGGACCGGCAGCUCACCGCCCUGGAAGGAAAUGUGUACCUAGCCGCGGGGACUGUGUACAGCCUGGAGGGCCAGCUGAGCGAGCUGGAGGACGCGGCCCGCGGCAUCCACAGCCACACCGAUGAGGCGGAGCUGGCGGAGCUGGAGGACCAGGCGGCCACGGCCGCUGCGCGCGUGCACCACGCCGAGCUGCAGAUCUCGGACAUCGAGAGCCGCAUUUCUGCGCUCACCAUCGCGGGCCUGAACAUCGCGCCGUGCGGACGCCUCACCAGAAAACGCGAGCAGAAGCAGAGCAACCCGGUCCAAACUAUAGACACGUCCAGACAGCUAAGACGGAAAUUGCCUGCUCCUCCUUUGAAAGCUGAAAAACUGGAAGCAUCGUCCAUAACCGACAUUAAAACAUUUAACCGCAAUUUUGUUCUCCAAGGCUGUUGCCCGUCAAACAGGCCUGCAGAGAUUAAAAUCACCACCCAGGACUCGGGGGAGCCCGCCGUGGAGUCGGCUGCCACACAGUGACCCGGGGAGCCUGCCGCAGGACUACUGCGUGGGCCGCACACGCCAGUGCCUUCCCUCCACGCCCGCCCGUGCCCGGGACCGUCAGCCCACCCACACGCCAGGAAAGCCAUCUCCAGCCUCAGGCCCCUGGGCCGCC